AUGUUCUCGCGAAAGAAACCUCCUCAAUUAACCAUUUUGGAAGAACUUCAGAAUGCCUACGACGAGUGUUGCAACUUGUCGGUGCACAAUCUAACAUUGGAAGAGGAAAACAAGCUUGAUUCCGCUUUAAAGGGAUGGAAGAGUCUACACACCUCUAUGUUGUAUAGGACAGACAUUUUUGACCGACUGCUGCUGAAGAUGGACGAGCAGGAGCGGGGCAUUCUUCAGGAGUUGAAAAACAUACGAGAUCAGAAUGUCAAGCAUUUAAUUCGAGUUCAGAUGAGGAUGGACGAAGCAGAAAGAAGGAGGCCCUCGAUAAACCCUCAAGGUCUUUCCACUAACGGAGCGAAUGCCAAUGGUAGUAGCAUGUCUGUACCCUCGUUGAGGUCUACAGGACACCCAGGGUCGUCGAGAUCGUUGUCCUCGUCAACUCAAAGUAGACUGAUGUUGAAAAGCUUGAGACCACAGGCUGCUAGCGGUAGUUCCAACAAGAAGUCGAUGGAGUCUGCUGCCAAGGCAGCUUCGGUUUCAUGGAGGCAGCCUGAUAAGAGACAACCAAGUGCCCGUAAUAGCCACCCUUCAGGGGGCACCUCAAAUAGUGGUAUGUUCGCCGACUUUGAUCAGGACUGGGAAAAGGUCCGUAGCAGACUGCCUACUCCUGAUUUGAUAGACUUGGACGAAGGAAUACAUGGGUUGGGAUUGAGUGAAGGUUUUACUCGUUCAAUGGAAGAUGUUAGUACCGGUAGGCAGCCACCCCCUCCUCCUCCACCUAGAUCUAGUAAGAACUUGUCAGUUUCGCAGUUAAAACCAAAAAUACCUCAGGCAUCCAAAAGUACACCAGACGUAAGGUCUAAUGGUGGGAGCAACGGCAAUGGCAAUGGAAAUGGCAAUGCAGAGCCGAAAAAGUAUGUUUAUAACCAACCCAAGCCCAUGAAUGUAAAUGGCAUGAUCAGAGCUCAAGCCAAGAAGAAAGCAGCAGCAGCAGCUUCUGCAUCUGCAUCUACAUCUGCAUCUACAACUACAACUACAUCUACUCCUACGCAUGCUUCUACCUUGGCUACUGCCAAAAAAGUAACCAAAAAGCCAAAUCCUACUUCACAAGCUACGAAUGUCACAUAUAAAUCUACUACGAUUCCUAAAAUUUACGUAAAGAAACCAAAUCCUACCAGUGGUGCAAAGAAGCCUGCAGGCAUCAAGAAAGUUGUGUCUGCUCCACCUGAAAUUAAUUCACCCACAAUGGACGACAUUUUGGGUGGCUAUGAUGAGAAUGGAAUAGAAGUUGAUGAUAGAGAACUGAUCGAUUCGACAGAUCAGAAAUCAGAAGGAAUGUCUGAUUCACAAGAAAAUCUACUCAUAAAAUCAAUUCGAGGAAUUGAUUUUGACUCUGCAAAGCAGAUCCUUAACGAUAUAGUUAUUCACGGUGAUGAAGUUCAUUGGACUGAUAUUGCAGGUUUGGAAAGCGCCAAAAAUUCUCUCAAAGAGGCCGUCGUGUACCCAUUCCUAAGACCUGAUUUAUUCAGUGGCUUGAGAGAACCUGCAAGAGGUUUACUUUUGUUUGGACCACCAGGAACUGGAAAAACUAUGCUUGCGAGAGCUGUGGCCACAGAAUCCAAAUCAACUUUUUUUUCUAUUAGUGCAUCGAGUUUAACUUCUAAGUACCUAGGUGAGUCUGAAAAAUUGGUUAAGGCAUUAUUUUUACUUGCUCGGAAGCUAUCUCCUUCCAUUGUCUUUGUUGAUGAAAUAGAUUCGUUAUUAAGUACCAGAACUGAUGGAGAAGUGGACAGUCUGCGCAGAAUAAAGAAUGAAUUUUUAAUUCAAUGGUCGGAACUAUCAAGUGCAGCAGCCGGGAAGGACCCUAGCAGUAAUAAUAAUGUAGAUGGAGACGUUUCCAGGGUACUUAUUCUUGGAGCUACAAAUGUUCCUUGGGCCAUAGAUGAAGCUGCAAGACGUAGAUUUGUCCGGAGACAAUAUAUCCCAUUGCCAGAGAAUGAAACCAGGAAAGUGCACUUGAACCAUUUAUUGAGCCAUCAGAAACAUACAUUGAAUGAAGAAGAUUUUGACGAAUUGGUUAAAUUGACUCAAGGAUUCUCGGGGUCAGAUAUCACUGCCUUGGCGAAGGAUGCGGCAAUGGGACCUUUAAGAAGCUUGGGUGAUCUUAUCUUGGCAACGCCAAGAGACCAGAUUAGACCAGUUAGCUUAGAAGAUUUUAAAGCCAGUUUACUUUAUAUCAGGCCCAGUGUGCUGGCUGAAGGACUUGGCCAACAUGAAGAAUGGGCUGCAUUAUAUGGAUCCUACGGGGGCUAA